AUGACUAUAGUCAGUGCAGGGUGUCGAUACGACACAGUUAGGCUAACGCUUGUCACGGCGUACUGUCGCAAGAAUACUGGUGUAAUGGUUCCUGGGCCAAAUUUUGUAGGAAGAUGCUCACAUAGGUUAAAAAAGCCUCAGACUUUCGGAGUUAAGCUUACAGAAUGCCAUCAAGCCUCGAGUAGCUCCCGGCUAGCCAGUGACUCGGAAUUUCAAAGAGCUCUUCUGAACCGCGAUGCGGCGCAGUACUGCGCCUCUUUUUGCUGGGCACUGCAUGAUGCGGCAGCGGUGAGCGAUUACAUGAAGCGCUUUGAUGUGCCUGCAAACCACAUCGUGCUGGAGUGGGCCAAAUCUGGUUCUGGCGUAAAAUCUACGCAGUACAAAGGGAAAACGUACAAUUGGACUCCAAAAAGCCAAACUGCAGGCGUGAAGGCGGGAUAUGCGUCUAUGUGGGAUCGAUCCAGCAAAGCGUACUGCACCAACUCUGCAGCAGUGAUUGACACGCAGCUUUAUCUUGGAACCCGUAGCAUGGCUGUGGGUGCUUGCCCAAACUAUGGAAAAUACAUUGCGUUUGUGGACAGAUCGGGAAAUCCUGUGGAUGCCAUGGACCGGUUUACGAAUGAGAUACAUGGGCAAGUGAUGCCGUUCAGUACAGACGGAUGCAGCGUUUCUGCUCAAAGUGGGGCGGCCGAAGUGCCAAUGGAAAAUUCAGGGUGGGCCAUGUAUUCUGGAUACUUGGCGCAUUGCCCCUUCAACCGGGCAGUGUACGAGUCCGAUAUGUUAGCCGACACAGAAUAUGAUCCCAAUGUAUGCGAUUUCGUGACUCUUGAUAACCCCUUGAUUUUCCUGGACACAUCACAAAGAGAGGGUUCGCUGGCUUAUAAGCCGUAUGCGUUUCACGGAAAGGGAGGCCAUAAGGGAUUUGACUUCAUCGGUAGUGGGGUUGGAUGUCCUCCAUACUCUCCCCCGCUAACUACGCGUUCUUUAAAGACCCCUAGCAUCGCCAAUGAUCCAUUCCUUUGUUCACAGCUUUCACGUUGUACCAGCUUAUGCUGGCCAUUUAAGGCCCAAAAUAAAUGUUUCCGCAGUUUGCCCGUUAGCUAUAACCACGAAACCUCUGAAUGCCUUAUCCUUGGGUACCAUACCCAAACAUAUCUGAAGAGCGACUGCAGUGUGAAGAGCACCACAAGUGCCAGUGACCGCUAUUGUGUCAAGUCUCACAAAUCUGUGGAAUCGUCAAAGUACACCUACCUUUCGGCUUUCACGCGGCCCGACUACGAAACAGCCUGCCCCCCGAGGGAACCUCUUAGCAAUGCCAUGUUCGGUACAAUCUCAAAUGGAGUAUGCUACCCUCUCACGGCAGCGUCAAGCUCUACAGGGACCGCUGAAGAAUGUGGUGUGGCCGUGUUCGAAUCGAGCAGUGACGACACCCCUCAAAGCGUCGGGGGAAAGGGCAGUUCAUCAAUUUUUUGGUCGUCAUGGGUUCCUCAGUCCUCCGGCAGCUCCAAGGGCACAUGCAACCUCUAUAAGACAGUACCAACUUGUCUUUUCACAGUAACCGGCGUGAUUUCUUUCACCGCACUCAGCGUGGUCGAUCCGAAGCUGGCGGUGGCACCUCCCUCAAUUUCUAUAAGCCCUGGUCCAUGCUCUUCUACCCAAUGCAAGAACGGAGGAACCUGCGAGCCUACGACUGGCAAAUGCACGUGCGCAGCUUGUUUCUCUGGAUCGAACUGCGAAGUCGCCACUGCCGGAUGUUGCACAUCGAACGCUGGCUGCAGCAACAACGGUACUUGCACCAAUAAUGAGUGCAAGUGCAAUGCGGGCUACAGCGGCACAAACUGUGGAACGGGGGCCUGCGACGGCAAAUGCGAAACGGGGGCAUGCGAUAACGUAUCGUGCAAGAACGGCGGCACUUGUGAAAUGCCUAGUGGCACCUGCAAGUGCCCGGAUGGCUAUUCAGGUGCACGUUGCGAGAUCUCUGCCUGUGACGGUGUUAGAUGUGAAAACGGGGGCGAGUGUGUACUGCCUUCUGGUACGUGCAAGUGCCCAGACUGCUUUAGUGGCGAUCGAUGCCAGAUCGAGAAUCCUCGGUGCUGCCAAGCGAACGGUGAUUGCCACGCACCGAAUGGCACCUGCGUUAACUCCAGCUGUGAAUGCGCUGCCUCCGUGACUGGUGACAAGUGCGACAACUUGGGGUGUGCUGGAGUGGCUUGCCUGAAUGGCGGAACGUGUGAGGAGCCCAACGCCACAUGCAAGUGUCCCAAAUGCUACAGCGGCACAAACUGUGAGACUCAUGAAAGCAACUGCUGCGAAAAUGACAACGAUUGCAAUGCGCCAAAUGGUGUUUGCUCCAGUGAAGGCCAGUGCCAGUGCACUGACGAAUUCCCAGCACCUAAUUGCAAGGAUCUGUGCGUGGGUGUCACCUGUGAGAACGGUGGCAGCUGCGACUCCUCUACAGGAAAGUGCAAAUGCCUACCUGGUUGGGAAGGAGACUGCACCAUUCCAGGGCCGUGCGGCUCAGGUGGACCGAUAUGCUCGGGCAACUCCACCUGCGAUUCGGACACGCUAGCCUGCGUUUGCAAGCCCGGUUACACGGGCGAGGACUGCACGGAAGUAGGAGCAGAGUGCAAAGACGUGUGCAUGGUCGGGGGUGAUGUUGUGAAGGAGGAUCCAAGCCAAUGCAACGUUGACUGCUUCUCAGCUUGCUGCAAAGUAUUGGUGGAAUCUUGCCAAGCCGAUGAGAGGGAGGAUCAAACUCAGUGCAUCCGAGAACAUCUAGAGGCAAAUGAGGACGAAUCGUGCUGUCUUGCACAUGUUGAAGCGGGGGCGCUCGGCGUUCUGUUGCUGCUUGGAGCUGGUGGUGGAGUGUAUUACAGACGGAAAAGAUCAUCACCCCCCGCGCCUCCGCCAGCAGAGCCGCCGGAGGAUGAACCUGUUGGAGGAAAACAUCGGCCUACACGAAAAGAAUCAGCUAUAUCUGUUAAUUUCGAGGAUUAUGCAGACACCCCAGAUGACGACACUGGCUUGCAGGCUGAAGGGGAGACAGCUCAAGAGGCGGUAUGGGAUGGUAAGCAAUGA